GUCAAAGUAGUAGAUUGUAAUGUAGUGAACUCUGAGGUUUGAAUCAGCUACGAUUAAAGGCACCGCGUUCAGGCGUUUGAAGGGUUUUGUAUGUGACAGUUUGUGAGUCACGUACUCCAAAAUAGAGACGGAAAUACUUUACAUGCCCACGAGGAAGAGCUAGCACCCCGAGCAUCUAAAGGGUGCAAGUUUUACAGAAACUCCCACUGACAGCAACGGACAACAGAAAGCCAGAGGUCACCAUCACUGGAAGUGCCCACCAUCACCUGGACAACCUGACAUACCUUAUAUAUAACAGUCUACUAUAAUCAAAGACACAACACAAGUUUGAAAUACCCUGAAUCCAAGUGGCAGAAUAACUCCAGUAUGAAUCCCCAGGGUGGCCAUUAUUUAAACAAGACAGCAGUACUGUCCCCUCUGGGUGCUGUCCGUUUGGCCGAGCUUGCUCUUGGGUGUACCGUGAUCUCUUUAGUGGUUCACGGUGCAGGAUACAGUGCCGUCUAUGGGAUCUUCUGCAUGGCAGCGUGGAGCAUUUGCUUCGGUCUCUCGGCAGCCAUCUUUGCUCUGGACGUCACACGUCUUCACUCAUGUCUUCCUGUGUCUUGGGAGAACCUGACUGUGACCCUGGCAGCACUGUCUGCUCUGCUUUAUCUCACAGCUUCCAUUGUGUACCCAGUUUACUUUGUGCGCAAUGAGUGUCCAUAUAAUAACUGCGAGGUCAGAAAUUUCCGGAUAGCUGUAACUGUAUGUUCCUGGGCAGCGUUCGUGGCGUACAUCGCUGAAGUGUCCUUGUCCCGGGCCAAAUCAACAAGAGCGGCCGGGUAUAUGUCCACUCCAUCUGGCCUUCUGAAGGUGUUGCAGGCUUACAUCGGCUGUGCGAUUUUUAUCACUCUUGCUAAUGGGAGUGAGUUCUGGCGUCACGCAGCAACCGUGUACUGUGUUGCAGUGUUUGUGCUGUGUUUUGCUGUGACAGUGUUGGUGGUGGCAAUGAAUGUGCUUGGACGCACCACCUUCCUGAAUCUGCCGCUCGACCGUUUUGUAGUGCUCUACACAUUUGCAGCGGUGCUUCUGUACAUGAGCGCUGCUGUGACCUGGCCCGUGUUAUGCUUCGACAGGAAGUAUGGCACACCGCUCAGACCUCAGGGCUGUCCUGGGGGAAAGUGCGCAUGGGACAGCCAGCUUGUUGUGACCGUGUUCUGCUUUCUCAACCUGGCGUUUUACGUUGCAGAUCUCUGCUUCUCCCAGAGAGCACGGUUUGUGACACGGCAGCCACGUGUAUAACUCCUACAUUGUACUUGUGUUCUCUGCCCACCUAUUUAUCAUUGGAUCAUUAGACUGUGCCUUAGAUCACAUGCUUAUAUAUCAGUCUACUGUUCACACAGCAAAAUGAACAAACUUACAGUUGAAAGGACCACAGUGGACACUUUUUGUGCAUUAACAUUAAACUGAAAAACUCAAUUUAACUAUGGAGGUCCAU